AUGGUCACUUCGACUCCUUAUUAUGCACAAGCUAAUGGCCAAGUUGAAGCAGCAAACAAGAUAUUGAUAGGCUUGAUUAAAAAGUAUAUUGGGAAUAGGCCUCGAACAUGGCAUGAGACUUUAAGUCAAGUGUUCUGGUCUUAUCGAAAUUCACCAAGAGGUUCAACAGGAACCUCACCUUAUAAAUUAGUAUAUGGUCAUGAUGCAGUAUUACCAUUAGAAAUUAAUUUAAAUACUUUAAGAGUGUCGAAACAGAAUGAUUUGCCUGUCGAUGAUUACUGGAAUGCAAUGUUUGAUGAGUUGAACGAAUUAGAUUCAGAGCGAAUUUUGGCACUUGAGAAUGUCAUUCGACAAAAAGAAAGUAUUGCUCGAAGUUAUAAUCGUCGAAUUAAAGAAAAAUCUUUCAAGAUAGGCAAGUUGGUGUUGAAAGUUAUUUUACCAAUGGAGAAGAAAUCGAGAUUUUUGGGUAAAUGGUCCAAUAGUUGGGAAGGCUCUUUUCAAAUAAUCGAGACAUAUUCUGAAAAUGCCUAUCAAAUUAAAGAUAUCGAGUCGGGAAAGGUAAUUAAUUCGAUCAAUGGCAAAUAUUUAAAAUUCUUCUAUUGCUGGCAAACUUAG